AUGAACUCGACGGCACCUUUGUACCAGUCGGCCGACGUGUUGUAUGCCAACACCGACUUCAGUAAACUUAACUGGGUGGAGACUCAAUGGGCAGCUUGGUAUAUGUGGAUCGGCAACCCUGUCAUUGCGACGGGUCUCAUGAGUUUUCUACUUCAUGAGAUUGUCUACUUCGGUCGUUGUAUUCCUUGGAUCAUCAUAGACUCAAUACCAUACUUCCGCAAGUGGAAGCUGCAGCCCAACAAGGUUCCGACGGCAAAGGAGCAAUGGGAGUGCACAAAACUCGUUCUGUAUUCGCAUUUCACCAUCGAGCUUCCCAUGAUCUGGUUCUUCCACCCAAUGGCUGAGAUGUUCGAAAUGUCGACAUGGCAGGUUCCGUUCCCGUCGCUGAAGAUCAUGGGCCCACAAAUUGCGUUCUUCUUCGUGUUCGAGGACAUGUUCCACUUCUUUGCCCACCAAGCGCUGCACUGGGGUCCGCUGUACAAGCACAUCCACAAAAUCCACCACAAGUACUCUGCGCCGUUCGGUCUGGCUGCGGAGUACGCGCACCCUGCUGAGGUCAUGAUCCUGGGCACGGGUACCAUUGCUGGACCUUUGCUCUACUGCUUCUUCGCGCGCAACUUGCACAUCUUCACCAUGUAUGUGUGGAUUACGCUGCGUCUGUUCCAGGCCGUCGAUGCGCACAGUGGUUAUGAUUUCCCCUGGUCGUUGCAGCACAUCCUACCCUUCUGGUCUGGUGCUGAGCACCACGACUUCCACCACAUGGCGUUCGUGAACAACUUCUCGACGUCCUUCCGGUGGUGCGACCGCUUGUUUGGCACCGACGAUAAGUACCGGCAAUACCGCGCACGCGUCGCAGCCAUGAAGAAGGCGGGCGUGAGUAGCGAGGAAUUCGCUAAAAUGGAGACGCAGAUGAUCGCCGAGGUUGAGGCUGAGGGUGUGAAGGCGGAGGCACAGGCGGAGGCGUACCGAUACGGCAGCAAGACGAAGACGGCAUAA